AUGGCGACCUACUCAGAUACUAGGGCCGAUUUUAACACUGAAAACAUACAGUUUGGUGGUCAUAUCAUGGACACUACGGGAGUUUGUGGAAUAGAAGUGGCAACUAGGGGACUUGUUGAGGGCAGUAGUUCCCCUCCUGACCUGGGGGAACCACCUCAGGAUAAUACGCAGGAAUACAGCUGCUGUACUGAUGAGGUGAGAGGAGAGACACCAGGGAGGGAGGACUGUCAAGUUGAACCACAUGACGGAGACUUGGAUCCCACUACAGACAAGAACAAAGGGCAAAAAGGACUCGGGAAAGAGGUUCUGCUACUGAUGCAAGCUCUCAACACCUUAGCCACUCCAGAAGAGAAACUGGCUGCUCUGUGCAAGAAGUAUGCUGAUCUGCUGGAGGAGAGCCGCAGCAUGCAGAAGCAGGUGAAGGUGCUGCAGAAGAAACAGUCGCAGGUUGUUAAAGAGAAGAUCCACCUGCAGAGUGAGCACAGCAAAGCCAUACUGGCACGCAGCAAACUUGAGAGCUUGUGCCGAGAGCUUCAGCGACACAACAAGACCCUGAAGGAGGAGAAUGCCCAGAGAUCCAGAGAAUAUGACGAGCAGCGGAAAGAGGCCACGCUGCAUUUCCAGAUGACGCUCAACGAGAUUGAGGCUCAGAUGGAGCAGCACAACGCUCACAACACCAAGCUGCGUCAGGAGAACAUGGAGCUGGCCGAGAAACUGAAGAAACUCAUCGAACAGUACGAGCUACGAGAGGAGCACAUUGACAAGGUCUUCAAGCACAAAGAGCUACAACAGCAGCUUGUGGAUGCUAAGCUCCAGAGGACUGCAGAGCUGAUGAGAGAAGUGGAAGAGAAACAGCAGAGAGAGAGAGACUUUCUCUUGAAAGAUGCCACAGAGUCAAGGCACAAAUGUGAGUUGAUGAAGGAGCAGGAACUACAGCUUAAGCAGCAACUCACUUUGUACAUGGACAAGUUUGAGGAGUUUCAGACCACUCUCGCAAAGAGCAACGAAGUGUUCACCACUUUCAGACAGGAAAUGGAGAAGAUGACCAAGAAGAUUAAGAAAUUGGAGAAAGAGACAACUUUGUGGAGGACCAAAUGGGAGACCAAUAACCAGGCCUUGUUGCAGAUGGCUGAGGAGAAAACGGUGCGGGACAAGCAUUACAAGGCCCUCCAAGGGAAACUGGAGCGUUUAGAGAAGCUGUGCAGGGCCUUGCAGAGGGAACGCAACGACCUCAACCAGAGGCUGCUCACUCUUCAGGGACCGUUAAAGGAACCAGCGGAGGAGGGCACGGGUCCUCCAGAUCCCCAACCGGAGGAACCUGACAGCCAGUCCUCGGACGGCGGCAUGGAGAGAGGAAAAGAUCCGGCAUUGGGAAAGGAUGAGGAGGGGAUGGAAAGCUUGGUGCCUGAAACGGAGAGUUUGGAGCUGCAGCCCAAGGAGGCGGGAACCCCUCCCAUCACAGAGCAAAAGGAUGACUGAGCCUGG